AUGUCUUCCUCCUCCUCCAGUCCCGCCGCCUCCCCCGCCGAGGCCGUCUCCCAGAUCGCCGACAAGAUCCCCUCCGCGCAAGAAGCCAAAGAGACCGCCCAGGCCGCUGCCCCCGCGGCGCAAUCCGCGCUGCUCUCCCAGCUGCGCGCCCUCACGGCCGGCGGCUUCGGCGGUGUCUGCGCCGUCGUCGUCGGCCACCCCUUCGACCUGGUCAAGGUGCGCCUGCAGACGGCCGAGCGCGGCGUCUACUCCAGCGCCAUUGACGUGGUGCGCAAGUCGGUCGCGCGCGAUGGCCUGAGGAGAGGCCUGUACGCCGGUGUGAGCGCACCGCUGGUUGGAGUGACUCCCAUGUUCGCCGUGUCCUUCUGGGGUUACGAUCUCGGCAAGCAAAUCGUCGGCGCCACCUCGACCAUCGGCCCCGACGGCCUCUCGACCGGCCAGCUCGCCGCCGCCGGCUUCCUCUCCGCCAUCCCCAUGACCGCCAUCACCGCUCCCUUUGAGCGCGUCAAGGUCAUCCUCCAGGUCCAGGGCCAGACGCAGCUCGCCCCCGGCGAAAAGCCCAAAUACAACGGCGGCCUCGACGUCGUGCGCCAGCUCUACCGCGAGGGCGGCCUGCGCUCCGUCUUCCGCGGCAGCGCAGCCACCCUCGCCCGCGACGGUCCCGGAAGCGCCGCCUACUUCGCCGCCUACGAGGUCAUCAAGCGCAAGCUGAGCCCUACCGAUCCCGAGACCGGCAAGCCCACCGGCCAGCUGAGCUUGACGGCCAUUACGUGCGCUGGUGCCGGUGCCGGCGUGGCCAUGUGGAUUCCCGUCUUCCCCGUUGAUACCGUCAAGUCCCGCCUGCAGACCGCCGAGGGCAACGUCACCAUCGGAGGCGUCAUCCGCGAGCUGUACGGCAAGGGCGGCUACAAGGCCUUCUUCCCUGGCUUUGGACCGGCGCUCGCUCGUGCCGUUCCUGCGAACGCUGCUACCUUCUUGGGCGUUGAGCUGGCGCACCAGGCUAUGAACAAGAUGUUUGGUUCAAACUAA